GUGCCAUGAUGGACGGGGAAGAGACUCUCACAGUCUCUGAAGGAGUGGCCAGGGCAGAAGCAAAGGGCGCAGAUGGAGAAACUGGAACUCAGGAGGGAACGAAUGGCACGGUUCCAGAGAAGAAGAAACGGGGCCGGCCAAAGGACCUCAAUGCGCCAAAGCGGCCGCAGACACCCAAAGCCAAGGUCACAAUGCCAGCUCGCGAUCGAUUGAAAACCGAGAGGCCUGAAUUGAUGACUGACUUGAAAGCCAUGUUCACGGCCCUCAAUGAGAUUUGGGAACAGGUGUCCCAGGAAGAAAAGGAUCGGUUGCAAAAAGAGUACGAAGAAGAAAUGGAGAUCUGGAAGCCUAAAUGGGAAGCUUACAAGAAGACUGAUUCGUACAAGGAAUUUUGCCUAGCCAAACAGGAGUACAAGGAUAAGAAAGAGAAGAAGAAAUUUCUGAAAGCGGAAUCUAAAAAAGCACCCAAGAAGCCUCGCCCCGGCUACGGAAUUUUUUCCGAUGAAAUCCGAAACAGGGUCAAGGAGGAAGUGAUGGGAGCAGGUGGAAGUAUGGGUGACAUUGGGAAAAAGAUCUCCGAAGAGUGGAACGCGCUCUCUGAGACCAAAAAGGCAGAAUACCAAGAGAUGGCACAGCGGCAGAAAGAGGAGUUUAUGAUCAAGUUUGCAGAGUACAAGAAAACACAAGAUUGGAAGGACUUCCAGCUCAAGAAGGCGAAAAUGGAUGGUCGCCAUGCCUUGAACGCUUUGAACCGAACCACUUACAAGGAUGCCCCGACCAAGCCGACCAAUGCCUUCAGUCUUUUCAAAGCCAAGCACCUGAAGCAGGUCAUGGAGGAAAAGAAAGGUGCCAGUGCUGGAGAGCUCAGCAAGAUUUUGGGUGAGAAGUGGAAGAGCACCUCGCCAGAAGAACGUGAGCCCUUUGAGACGGAGGCUGGGAAGCUCAAGGAGGAGUACAACCAGAAAUUCGCCGAGUUCAAACGUCAAAAGGCUUACACCCAAUUCUUGCAGAAACGGGUGGUGGUGAAAAAUCGGGAGAACCGCCUGGUGAACUUGCGGGACAUGCCCAAGAAACCAAAAACAGUCUAUGCCCUCUUUAGGGAAGACAUCAAGGAAGAAGUCCCCAGCGGCAAAGGAGAAGGCAAAGGUAUGAACUUUGUCAAGAACAAAUUUUCGGAAAUCGAUGCAGACGCGAAGUUGAAGUACAAGCAGAAGGAGGCUGAACUUCGUGAGCAGUACGAUGAGGAGAUGAAAAGCUACAAAGAAGGUGAGACUUGGAAGGAAUUCACCAAGACGAGCGGGAAGAUCAAACGAGAAAUGCUGACUGAAGCGAUGAAGGUGAUGACGUUGAAGUUCCUCAACGAUGCACCCAAAGAACCUCCAAAGACAGCAUUCGCCAUUUUUGUUGGAGAGAAGAGGCAGGCGGUUGGAGAGGAAGGAGCUCCCAAGAAGAAGAGCCGACAAGCGGCCAAGGACGAGGUGGCCGAAUACAAAGCGGAAUGGGCAAAGCUUGACAAGGAGACACAAAAUGUCUAUGAUGAGAAACGGAAGGAGAAAACCAAGCAGUGGGAGGCAGAGGUGAAGACCUACAUGGAACUUCCCAAGUGGAAGGAGUAUAUGGAGGAAGCAAAGACCUUGAAGGUUCCUGUUCGAUCCCUUCUGCACCGGAAGAAAAAAGUGAUCAAGAAAUUGAAGAAUGGCAUGAAAUUACAGCCACUGCCUGACCGUCCGGAAAGCAUGCCUUCGAAGCCCCCAAAGGCCAGACGCAUCUUCUUCCUGGAGAAGAGGAAUGAUGUGGAUGACUUUGCGAAGCUGCAAGAAAUGUGGGACUCUUUGAGCGAAGAGGAGAAGAGCCAGUAUACAGCAAAAGAGGCUGAGAUGCAGAAAGAUUACCAAGAGACCCUGAAAGCUUUCCACGAAAGUGACGAGGGUAAGCAGUAUGCCAAGAAGGUGAGAGUGAUCCAGAAAAGCAGGGCGACUGCAGUUGCGAAGGACAAGUUCCUUACCGAUAUGCCCAAGAAACCCCUUGGCCACCUGCAGCUGUUUUUUCGGGACAAGGUGAAGGAACUGAAAAAGGCGAGACCAGAUUUGAAGGGCGCUGAUCUGAAAGCCGAGAUCACCAACAGCUGGAAGACCAUGAGUGAUGAGGAGAGGAGUGUAUAUCAGGAGAAAGGCAAGACGCUCUUCCAAGAAUACGAGGCAAAGCUAGGAGAGUUUAAAGAGACCGAGAACUACAAGAAGUUUGAAUCAACAAUGAAGAAACUCAAGAAGCCAGUGAAGAAAGCCUCAGGAGCGCCAUCCAAGCCUGUGUCCAUGCCAUCCAAGCCGCCAGAUGUCAUAAAGCUCUUCAAGGAGAAGGCGGGUGCUGGGAAGAAAGCAGCAGAAAUUUCAGAGGCUUUCAGAGAAUUGCCUGCAGAAGAGAAGGAGAAGCUGCGAGAGGAAGCUGCAGAAGCCUUCAAUGAAUAUGAGGAGCAGAUGAAAGAGUGGAAGAGCACAGAAGAAGGCAAAAAGUAUAUGAAAGAAACAGCGGCCUUGGCGAAAAGGCGGAGGCUUGCAACUGCCAAGGAGAAGUUUUUGAAAGACGAACCCAAGAGGCCGCCAAAUGCCGUGGCAUUGUUCCGCAAUGAGAAGCGCAGUGAGUAUGCUCCACAAUUUCCGGAUCUCAAGGGUCUCCGGCUGAAUGGAAAGCUGUCAGAGAUCUACCGAGGACUUCCAGAAGAGGAGAAGAAGGUAUACGAAGACAUGGCAAAGGAAAAAAAUGACGAGUAUCUUGAACAACUUGAGGAGUUUCAGAAGUCAGCAGAAUACAAGAAAUACCUAGCUGUGGCCAAGCCCAAAGCGAAGGCGGCAGGAAAAGCAAAGGCGGCCAAGAAGGAAACCAAGAAAGGCCCUCCGAUUCCGGACAGCAUGCCGAAAAAGCCACCCAAAGCUAUGACCCUCUUCAUGGCAGCCAACAAAGGCGGUGGCGGCUUGGCAGAGCAAGCCAAGGCUUGGAAAGAACUCGGCGAGGAGGGCCAGAAGAAGUACACUGAAGAAGCAAAAGAUAAAGCGGAAGAGUACGAAAAGGACUUGGAAGACUUCAAGAAGACCGCAGAAGGCAAGAAGUACUACAGACUGAAGGCUGCAGCGGACAAGAAGAGCCGCAUCGAAAACGCGCGGGCACAAUGCUUGGGUGGCGAGGAUGCACCAAAGGCACCAAAGCCGGCUCACAAUGCGUAUCAGCUGUUUGUACAGGAGAAAAGACCGGGUUUGGCAGCAGAGAAAAAGAGCCUUGGCGAGAUUGCCAAGGAACUCUCGGCCAUGUGGGGCAAAUGCUCUGAAGAGGAGAAACAGCCUUAUGAAGAGAAAGCCAGAAAAAGCAAGGAGGAGUACGACGAGGCAUUGAAGGAGUACAAGUCCUCGGAAGGUUACAAGAAGUUCGAGAAAAGAAGAGCAGCCAUUGAAAGGAAACCGAAGCCAAAGGGACGGGCUAAGGCAAAAUCAAAGACCAAAGGCAAGGGCCGAGCAAAGGCAAAGGCCAAGGGCAAAGCAAAGCCAAGUGAAAAGGCAGCAGACAGUGACUCUGACAGUGAUGUCAUGGGCUCGGACAGCGACAGCACCAGUUCCAGCAGCUCUGACUAGCCGCGACGCACAGCGCUCCGAUGGCUGAGAUCCCUGGGAUUCCCGAGGAUUCCACAAGGCCGAAAAAGGCAAUGACUGCAGCAAGAGUUACAC